UUGCCAUCUGUGCGGUGGUGGUUUCAGGAAAACUCGUCAGACCGACAGCAGACAGACAGCACCGACAAUGAAAUGGCUCAUGACAAGACGCGUAAGAAGCAACUCCCUGACACUUGCUGUCCUGCUAGCCGCCCUGUGUAUACUCUGCCUGUUCAGCAUGGGUCGCAAGGAUGUUCAGAAUCCAAACCACAGCAGCCUCAGUCGACUCACCCGGAUUGGCUAUGACGAUAUCGACGGUCCGGAAAAAGCGUGCAACUGCACGGCCAUCUUGGAGGGCAAGCCUGAGGCACUGAAUGAGGCCAAGAUAUUGACCAUGCACAAAAGUUUCAUCGAGAGCCUCAGAAUUCCGGACCAUUUUUAUGUGAAUGCCAGCAAAGACUGCACGAACUUCAAGAUGAGCAGGAAAUAUCUCACAUUCCCUCUGAGCCGGGAAGAGGAGCAUUUUCCUCUCGCUUACGCCAUUGUUGUCCAUCACAAAGCACAGAACUUCGAACGUCUCCUGCGGGCAAUUUACGCUCCUCAGAACAUCUACUGCAUCCACGUAGACUUGAAGGCCGCGCCAUCGUUUUUCGACGCCAUAUCAUCCUUGGCCUCCUGCUUCCCCAAUGUGUUCAUGGUCAGCCGGCGCGAGAAAAUGAUCUACAACAGUUGGUCCCGGGUGCAAGCCGACAUUAACUGCAUGGCUGACCUGAUGGCCACCGACGUGGCGUGGAAAUACUUCAUCAACCUCUGCGGCCAGGACUUCCCCAUCAAGACGAACCUGGACAUGGUGCGGAAACUGCGGGUGCUCGACGGUGCCAAUAGCAUGGAGUCAGAAGCCAUGUCUGCAGGGAAGUUGUCGAGGGUGCAAUUCGUUCACAAGCUGGUGUACGGAUAUUGGAAGGCGGACGGGGGAAAGAAAAAGGGUCCACCACCUUUCCAGCUACCUAUCUUUACAGGAAACGCCUACAUAUUGGUAUCGAGGGCCUUUGUCCUCAGCGUUUUGGAGGACCACCGCAUCCUGGCCCUCAUUGAGUGGACAAAGGAUACAUUCAACCCCGAGGAAACCAUAUGGGCGACCAUUCAGCGAAUGCCCGGCGUGCCCGGCUCCACGUGGACCAGUUCCAAGUACGACAUGACCGACAUGAACGCCAUGGCCAGGCUGGUCAAGUGGAGCUGGCACGAGGGUGAGCGGUCCUCCAGACAGGCUGUGUACCCGCCGUGCCAGGGUAGCCACGUGAGGGGUGUCUGCGUGUAUGGGGCGGGCGACCUGCAUUGGAUGGUGGCGCAGCAGCACUUCUUUGCCAACAAGUUUGACACAGACACAGACCCCGUCGCCAUUUACUGCCUGGAAAAGUACCUCCGACAAAGAGUGCUGGCCCAGCUACGGGAAGAGAACUAAGGACUCUUCGCUCUACCGGCCAACUUCAUUUGCACGUUCCGAGGUCCAAACUCAAACAGUGGGGAGACUGAUCUUUUACGGUUGCUGCACCCAGGUUAUGGAAUAGUCUUCCUCCUGAAAUCCGCACCACUACGAAUUUGGGCCUUUUUAAAUCUCGUUUAAAGACACACCUUUUUAGACUCGCCUUUUCCCCAGAUUAGUUUAGCCUGGUUUUAUUUCUUAAGGGUUUUUAAUGUUUUCGGAUUUAUCUGUUUUAUUGUUUUAUUCGCUGUCUGACUUUUAUCGUGAUGCGUUGUUUUGGUUUUUUUUUCUUUCUUGAUGUCAUUGUAUAAUACUUUCCUGCUUUUUAUUUACUGUGAGCCAUGUUUGUCUUUGUUUAGGGACCUUUCGGGUUUUGUUAAGGGCUGUAUAAAUAAAUUUGAUUGAUUGAUUGAAUAAUUUAUCAGUUGGUUAAAAUAACAAUUUACUCAAUUUUGGCAACAAACCUUUUUAAAAAAGUAAUUAUAAUGUAAUGAAUCGGGUUCUAAUGUGGUGGUUGUGUUUUGCACGCUAUUCCUGAAUGCACUGUGUGACUGAUGAGAAACUGAGAGAGGUGAGGAAUAGUGGAAAGCUUUUACUUUCUCUUUUAUGUUCUGUUGUUGUUGUCCAUGGUGGACAGUAGACGUGUUUGUUGCACAAGUUCUGAAUAAACGAUUAAAAACCUGACGAAGCUGGCGACUUUCUUGCCGAUGUUACAAUAAUAACUGUCACCUUAACUUAUAAAGACUGGCGAACGGAGGUCGGGGAGGACCGUCGAGAUCGUAGACAUUUUCCGGCCGUAUUGUCGAGCCAGUUCACUGAUGUGCAGUCCACACUCAUAUUUUUCCAUCAUUUCAUUCUUAAUUUCAACGGCAGCGUCACCUCUUUUCUUUUUAGACCACCAGCAAUAACCUUGUUGUGACCCAUGUUGCUUACUUUCACAAGA